AUGGAGAUGUACGAUUUAAACGCCGGAACAGUUGAUAGAAUUGGAAGACAUGACGACAUUGCGACAUCAGUUGUGUACUCUUGUGAAAAAGGUCAGCUUGUUAACUCAUCCGAGAGGUUUAACAUCUUUCUCAAGCCUUUCCAAUCUUAUGAAUCACAAGUGGAGGUGCCGAUCAGAUGUGUCACCUCUGUACCUUAUUCCAGAGGAUAUGCAGUUGGCUCAGUAGACGGACAAGUAGCCUUGGAUUUCCCCAAUACAUCAUGCUCCAGUGAGAUGAAUGGAUCAGGGACUUUUGUGACUGGUGACAACGAAGGCUACGUUAUCUCAUGGAAUGCUAAAAGCAGAAGAAGACUCUUUGAGUUGCCAAGGUACUCAAAUAGCGUUGCGUCUUUGACGUAUAACCACACUGGAGAACUCUUAGCCGUAGCAUCAAGCCACACUUACCAAGAAGCUAAAGAGAAGUGA